AUCCGACGUAUUGCUAAAUUAUUAAAUAAUUAUAUAAUAAUUAAUUAUAUCAUAAAAAAAUCAAUUAAUUUCCCUAAAAAGCUAUCCAAAUCGUAUGAACCAAUAACGCAAUAUAUAUAUGUAAACGCAACUAUAUACAUAUAUAUGUAUAUGUCGAGAGCAUGCUCUAAUAUAAAUUAUACCUAGGAAGUAAACAAAUACAACAAAACACAACAAACACACGGAAACCAAACCCCAAACCCUCAAACAGUAGCUCAUUAAUCGACGCCCCCAAGACCCCCCACAACAGCAGUCCCCAUGUAUAGAUUAGAGGACACGAAUAGCGGCGGCGUUAUGGAUAAGAACAAACAGAAGUUAUCCGCUUAUGGGUCCAGCGCGGGCAGCGUCGCCGUCGUCGAUGCAGCGCAGGGCAGCGGGAGUGGUGGCGGCGGCGGCGGCAGGCAGCGGCAUGCCCCGCUCUACGGCCGCUUCGUUGUCGAGGAGGACCUGCCCGCCACACACCGGGAUGUCAUGCACCACCACUCUAGUCCCUCGUCUUCGUCAGAGGUGCGUGCCAUGCAGGCCCGCAUCCCCACCCACUUUCGCGACCCCGCCUCGGGUCCUUUGCGCAAGCUGAGUGUCGAUCUGAUAAAGACCUACAAGCACAUCAACGAGGUUUACUAUGCGAAAAAGAAGCGUCGUGCCCAGCAAACGCAAGGCGAGGAUGACUCCUCCAACAAGAAGGAGCGGAAGCUGUACAACGACGGCUACGACGAUGAUAAUCACGACUAUAUAAUCAAGAAUGGGGAAAAGUUUUUGGAUCGCUACGAGAUCGACUCGUUAAUCGGAAAGGGCAGCUUCGGGCAGGUGGUGAAGGCCUACGAUCACGAAGAGCAAUGCCACGUGGCGAUCAAGAUAAUUAAGAAUAAGAAACCGUUCCUAAACCAGGCACAGAUCGAGGUCAAGCUGCUCGAGAUGAUGAACCGUGCAGAUGCCGAGAAUAAAUACUAUAUCGUCAAGCUCAAGCGGCACUUCAUGUGGCGCAACCACCUGUGCCUGGUGUUCGAGCUGCUCUCAUACAACCUGUACGACCUGCUGCGCAACACCAACUUCCGGGGCGUUUCGCUGAACCUCACGCGCAAGUUCGCCCAGCAGCUGUGCACGGCGCUGCUCUUCCUCAGCACACCCGAACUGAACAUUAUUCACUGUGAUUUGAAGCCCGAGAACAUCUUGCUCUGCAAUCCGAAGCGUUCCGCGAUCAAGAUCGUUGACUUUGGCAGCUCCUGUCAGCUGGGACAGCGGAUCUACCACUAUAUCCAAUCGCGCUUCUACCGCUCCCCGGAGGUGCUUCUGGGCAUACAGUAUGAUCUGGCCAUUGAUAUGUGGUCGCUGGGCUGCAUCCUGGUCGAGAUGCACACCGGCGAGCCGCUGUUCUCCGGCUGCAACGAAAUGGACCAGAUGAACAAGAUCGUCGAGGUGCUGGGCAUGCCGCCCAAGUAUCUGCUCGACCAGGCGCACAAGACCCGCAAGUUCUUCGACAAGAUCGUGGCCGACGGCUCCUAUGUGCUGAAGAAGAACCAGAACGGACGCAAGUACAAGCCGCCGGGCUCGCGCAAGCUCCAGGACAUACUCGGCGUGGAUACGGGCGGGCCGGGCGGUCGGCGCCUCGACGAGCCGGGCCACAACGUCUCCGACUAUCUCAAGUUCAAGGACCUGAUCCUGCGCAUGCUCGACUUCGACCCCAAGACCCGGGUCACCCCCUACUACGCCCUGCAGCACAACUUCUUCAAGCGCACGGCGGACGAGGCGACCAAUACCAGCGGUGCCGGGGCCACGGCGAACGCCGGUGCCGGCGGCUCGGGCUCCAGCGGUGCCGGUGGCGGUGGCGGCGGUGGAGGAUCCAGUGGCUCCGGCGGCGGCGGCAGUGGCGGCAACGGAGGCGGUGGUGCAAGCGGUGCCGGCAGCAGCAGCAGCGGAGCCGUCUCAUCGUCCAGCGCAGCAGCUGCGGCGGCGGCGGCGGCAGCGGCCAGUGCCACAUCGGCCCAGGGCUCGGUGUCCGGAUCGGGGGCGGGCGGUGUCGGUGGUGCGUCGGCGCAGCCGCUGCCGAUGGCGCUGCCGCUGCCACUGCCGCCGCUGGCAGGAGCGUCGGACGGCCAGUGUCAUGGCCUGCUGAUGCACUCCUCGGCGGCAGCCAAUGCCAUGAACAACUUCUCCGCCCUGAGCCUGCAGCCCAGCCACCAGCCCAGCUCCCUGGUGAGCCGCUCCGGCAACUGCAGCAACAGUCUCAACAGCCUGAACCACUUCAGUCCACCCCAGCAGCAGCAACGCCACAACAGUCGCAGCCUCUAUAGCAACAGCAACAACAACAACAGCAGCAACAACAACGGCAGCAUUAGCAGCAACAACAACGGCAACCACAACAGCCUCAACAGCUAUCCGCACGCCAUGGAAUGUGAUCCGCCGCUGGCUCCUCCGCCGCCCAACGGCCAUGGAAGGAUGCUGCGGGUGCCGCCGAUGCUGCCCCCCGGCUAUGCCCCCUUGAACCUGGCGCCGCACCACUUCUACAACAACAACCUGUCCUCGGCAGCAGCGGCUGCAGCAGCGGCAGCAGCAGCAGCAGCGGCGGCAGCCGCCUCGCAUCUCAUGAUGACCGAUUCGAGUGUGAUAAGCGCCACAGCAGCGGGUGGAGGCGGGGGUGGGGGAGCAGGUGGUGGUGGUGGCGCCGCCGCCGCCGCCGCCGCUUUCCAUCUGUUCCCGUCGCAGCCCGCCUAUGGAGCAGCACCCGCCUCGCUGAGCGAGCUGCCGAUGCCCUUGCCGCCACUGCCGCUCACCAUGCCUCUGCCCAUGCCACUGCCCAUGCCCCUGCAGCUGCCGCCCUCCUCGUCAUCCGCCUCCUCCACAGCAUCCACAUCAGCAUCAAUGGGGGGUGGCGGAGGAGGCCUGGGAGUGGUGGGCUCCAGGCGGCACUUGGGCAGCCACGGCGUACCCCAGACCUCGGCCGGUGUCGUCCAGAAUGUGGCGGGUGGCGGCAGCAACUCGGCCACCGGAGCCAGCAGCAGCGAUGCCUCCUCCUCGUCGCCGAUGGUGGGGGUUUGUGUUCAACAGAAUCCUGUAGUUAUACAUUAGCCUAAAAAACAAAAACUAAAAAAAACCAUUAACCAUUUUAAAAAAUCGUAAAAAAAAAAGAGAAGGAAAAUAUGUCAGGAAUGUUAGGCGUUGCUGCUCUCUCGCUCUGCCACUAAUUAUUUUUUUUUUAAAUGCAACACCAAAAGGCACAACGCUUUCUCAAAAUCCCUCAGAGCCUCGAUCUUUGGACGGGGAUGCCUCUUGAAAAUUCCAGAACAAUUCUGAAAAUUCUUCUAAAAUUUAUUCUAUUUUCAAUUUUUUUUACAAAAAUUAAUUAUUAAAAUUAUACACUUUUGAAACAAAAAGCUCAAUGAUUAUACAUAUAUAUAUUUUUACCAUUUAUUAUUGUUAAAGAUUUGUUAAUUUUUUGCCAAUUUUUUAUACAAAU